GGGACAUAGAAAGUCACAGACUUGCACAACAAAAAACCACACCUCAUAAUUUCAUUAACAGAGAUAGAGAGGAUGAAGCAAAAGGUAGUGAUCAAGGUCAGCUUCAGUGGUGAAAAGAAGUCCAGGACCAAAGUUAUGCAGGCUGCAGUUGGUGUACCAGGUGUUGAAUCAAUAGCUUUUGGAGGUGAAGACAAUGAUCAAAUUGUAGUAAUUGGUGAUAGCUUGGAUUCAGUUAACUUGACAUGUCUACUAAGGAAGAAAGUCAGGUUUGCUGAACUUUUAAGCGUCUCAUCGGUGGAGAAGGAGGAGGAGGAGGAGGAGGAGAUGACUGAACCUGGGGUGCAGCCGAUGGUUUGGCCAACUCUUCAAGCUGGUGUGCCGCAGUAUUAUUACACAGUUGUUCCAGAUAACCGCAAUGAACCAUGCAGUAUCAUGUGAAGCUCAUGGAAACCAACCAACAAGGAAUACUCAUAUUUGUAAUACAAAUCUCAGUUUGCAGGAAUGGGGAUUAAUUGAGUUGUGCCUCAGUAGAAUCGAAAAUAGAAUUAUUGUAUUGUAUUAUGUUAAAAUUAGAUAUGUAGUUUGUUUGAAGAAUAUAAAUUUUGUUGAAAAUGAAGCUAUAAUUUAAUG